AUGCCAAACAUUAUGGCAGGUGUCAAAGAUAUCAGCAAGAGCAACGCCACAACCACCUCGCUGGCUGAGGUGGCCGGCCAUACCACCAAGAAGACCCGCACCAAGCGGCCCGUCGCUGUGUGCGACGACUGCAAGAAGAAGAAGAAGCGGUGCGCGCAUCGCAAAGUCGAGGCCGAGAGCGAGCUCGAGGAGAUCACAGCCACUGUCAUGGUCCCCGCUAGCUCGAAGGAGAGUGUGCAGACCCGCCACUCUCGACGCAAGCCUGAGGAGAAAGUUUCAAAGAUCGUGAACACCACCUCCGCGGUGGCUAAGCGCCCUGCCGUCGCUGACGGCUCCACCGAGCCCGAGACCAAGCGGGUCAAACGCUCCGCCACUCUCAAAUUCCCGGUCCUCCGGGCUGCGAGGACCUCCAGUGAUCAGAUAACCCCUCCGCUUGAGGGCUCUGCAUCGCUGGCGGUUCAUGUCGUGCUCUCCCGAGAGCUUGGGAAGCGUCUCGACGAGUUUGAGCGCAAGUUCCAGCUCAGCAUGGAGGCACACAAAGCCACCAUGGAGGCUGGGAAGGCUGUUAAGGAGGCAGUUGACCAGUGGGUGGCUGCGUGGACAGCCGGGAAGUGA